AUGGCUGCGUCCGCCGUGUCUGUCUGCUCCAGCAACCUGAGCUACGGCAGCCGGGUCUGCCUGCCCGGUUCCUGCGACGCCUGCCCCGACUCCUGGCAGGUGGACGACUGCCCAGAGAGCUGCUGCCAGCCCCCCUGCUGCGCCCCCAGCUGCUGUGUCCCGGCCCCCUGCCUGACCCUGGUGUGCAGCCCAGUGAGCUGCGUGUCCAGCCCCUGCCGGCCAGUCUGCACCAGCACCUGCACGCCCUCGUGCUGCCAGCAGUCUAGCUGCCAGCCAGCUUGCUGCACCCCCUCCCCCUGCCAGCAGUCCUGCUGUGAGCCCGUGUGCUGCAAGCCCGUGUGCUGUGUGUCUGUGUGCUGCAAGCCCGUGUGCUGCAAGCCCGUGUGCUGUGAGCCCGUGUGCUCUGAAGCCUCCUCUUCAUGCUGCCAGCAGUCUAGCUGCCAGCCGGCUUGCUGCACCCCCUCCCCCUGCCAGCCGUCCUGCUGUGUGUCCCUGUGCUGCAAGCCCGUGUGCUGUGAGCCCAUGUGCUGCAAGCCUGUUUGCUGUGAGCCCGUGUGCUCCGGGGCUUCCUCUUCAUGCUGCCAGCAGUCUAGCUGCCAGCUGGCUUGCUGCACCCCCUCCCCCUGCCAGCAGUCCUGCUGUGUGUCCCUGUGCUGCAAGCCCGUGUGCUGUGUGCCCGUGUGCUGCAAGCCCGUGUGCUGUGUGCCCGUGUGCUCUGAGGCCUCCUCUUCAUGCUGCCAGCAGUCUAGCUGCCAGCCGGCUUGCUGCACCUCCUCCCCAUGCCAGCAGUCCUGCUGUGUGCCCGUGUGCUGCAAGCCUGUUUGCUGUGAGCCCGUGUGCUCCAGGGCUUCCUCUUCAUGCUGCCAGCAGUCUAGCUGCCAGCCGGCUUGCUGCACCUCCUCCCCCUGCCAGCCGUCCUGCUGCAGACCUUCCUCCUGCGUGUCCCUCCUCUGCCGCCCCGUGUGCAGACCUGCCUGCUGUGCCCCCGCCUCCUCCUGCCAGUCCAGUUGCUGCCGCCCGGCCUCCUCUGUGUCCCUCCUGUGCCGUCCUGCGUGUCCCCGCCCGGCCUCCUGUGUGUCCCUCCUCUGCCGCCCAUCCUGUCCCCGCCCGGCCUGCUGUGGCCUCUCCUCGGGCCAGGGGUCCAGCUGCUGA